AAACACUACCGAAGAGAGUAAACAAUAGUUACUACUAUGAGGCAUUCACUCUCUCCUCUUUGCUUUCACUCCUCCUGUUUCUUCUUCUCAAUCGCUGCUGCUUGUCUCUUCCUCUCUCUACCAAAUGCAGUUCUUUCUCUCUCUAGAGCUCCCGUCAUUUUCAAUUUCGGCGAUUCCAACUCGGACACCGGCGGACUCGUCGCCGGACUCGGUUUUACCGUCAAUUUGCCGAAUGGCCGUUCUUUUUUCCGCAGAUCAACCGGUCGACUCUCCGAUGGACGCCUCGUCAUCGAUUUCCUCUGCCGAAGUGUGAACACGAGCUUCCUGAGCCCAUACCUGGACUCACUGGGGUCCACGUUCGCGAAUGGGGCAAAUUUUGCAGUGGUGGGGUCCUCUACCCUUCCAAAGUAUCAACCUUUUUCAUUGAAUAUUCAGGUUAUGCAGUUUCUUCAUUUUAAGGAUCGUUCCCUUCAACUUGUUAAAGCAGGUUCAAGACAUUUGAUUGAUGAUAAAGGGUUCCGCAAUGCACUUUACAUGAUUGAUAUUGGGCAAAAUGACCUCUCCGAUUCAUUCGCUAAAAACCUCUCAUAUGUGCAAGUUAUCAAAAGCAUCCCGACGAUACUUACAGAAAUCAAGAAUGCUAUUAAGGCCAUAUUUGAUGAAGGUGGCCGGAAUUUCUGGGUCCACAACACUGGGCCAUUGGGUUGUCUCCCUCAAAAGCUUUCUUUAGCUCAAAAGAGUCCCAAAGAUCUUGAUCCCCAUGGAUGUCUUUCAAGUUAUAAUGCAGCUGCCGGAGUUUUUAAUGAAGGACUACGCGAAUUAUGCCAAGAAAUGAGAUCUGAAAUGAAGGAUGCUAUGAUUGUCUAUGUAGAUAUAUAUGCCAUCAAGUACGAUCUAAUUGCCAACUCUAGCAAAUACGGUUUCUCAAAUCCACUAAUGGCGUGUUGCGGCUAUGGAGGACCACCGUACAACUAUAACAUUCAGGUAACGUGUGGUCGGACUGGCUACCAAGUCUGCAACUUGGGAUCUCGAUAUAUAAGUUGGGAUGGAAUCCAUUACAGCGAAGCAGCGAACACCAUUAUAGCCUCCAAAAUACUUUCCAUGGCCUAUUCAACACCCAGCGUCGCAUUUGAUUUCUUUUGCCUUGCAUGAUUAUUCGUCGAGACAUUUUGGUAUCAUUAUUUAAUUUGUUGCAAAAAUGCAUGGUGAAGUGUUUAUGAAAAUGGAACUGUUUAGGGUU